GCCGGAGCAGAGUAGCGGACUGCGGAGUGCGGACUGACGAGACUGUCGCAGGAGGACACGGAGUACGCGAGAGUGCUCGUGGCCUCGCGCUGCCUCGCGCUCGAUCUCUCGCUCGCACAGUUAGUGUCAGUGUCCAUUGAUUCGGUGUCGCCGCGAGUUCUUGGAGGAGUAUCCGGCUUGGCCACAAUCGUCGCAGUGACAAAGAGGGGGUGUGAGAGAGAGAGAGAGAGAGGAUGCGGUAUCGCGCGAGAUUCCGGCGUUGCAUCCCGUGUCCGUGGCUUCGCGGGGACGUUGUCGUGGCCGCGGCCGCGUCCGCGUCCGCGUCCCGCUGAGAUAUGCGCGGUGUGACCGAUCCGUCCGCGUCGUUCCGCAGUGUGUUUGCGCGGGUUAACCUCAAGUAUAGCGCGAGUGCUCGCUACCGCGCGAUAGCGUAUACAGGUGGGGUGCGAAUAAAGGAGAAAAGAGAGGACGAGUGUACGUUCGGUUAGGAGAGGCAGGAAGAGAUAUCCGUGUAUCGUAACAAACACGCAUUCACGGACGUUCGUCAAGAUGUCGUCGUCCGGACACAGCAGUCGCACUCGCGCCGUCCACAUUGGCUCGAUCUUCCAGAAGCUACACGGUCGCUUCGCGGACGCGAUGACGCCGCCUAAACUCUCGACCGACAAGCGUACGCUCGACAAGACCUGGAAGCUGAUGGACAAGGUGGUGAAGCUCUGCCAGCACCAGCGUAUGAACCUCAAGAACUCGCCGCCGUUUAUCCUCGACAUCCUGCCCGACACGUAUCAGCGGUUGCGGCUCAUCUACAGCAAGUACGAGGACCGUAUGCAGACGUUGCACAACAACGAACACUUUUGCGUGUUCAUCAACAAUCUGAUGCGUAAGUGCAAACAGGCGAUCAAACUGUUCAAGGAGGGUAAGGAGAAGAUGUUCGACGAGACGUCGCACUAUCGCCGUAAUCUUACCAAACUCAGCCUCGUCUUCAGCCACAUGCUGUCCGAGCUGAAGGCCAUAUUUCCCAGUGGGGUGUUCGCCGGCGAUCAGUUUCGCAUCACCAAGGCGGACGCGGCUGAAUUCUGGAAGGAGCGCUUCGGGAACAGUACAUUAGUACCGUGGAAGGUGUUCAGACACGAAUUGAAUCAAGUUCAUCCGAUCAGCACGGGAUUGCAAGCAAUGGCCCUGAAAUCCACGAUAGAUUUGACGUGCAAUGAUUAUAUCUCCAACUUUGAAUUUGACGUAUUCACAAGGUUGUUUCAACCGUGGUCGACCCUUCUGCGCAACUGGAAAAUUCUGGCUGUGACGCAUCCUGGCUACGUGGCUUUCCUUACGUACGACGAGGUGAAAGCCCGUUUGCAAAAAUAUUGCAUUACCAAGCCUGGGAGUUAUGUAUUUCGGUUAAGUUGUACGAGGCUGGGACAAUGGGCAAUUGGUUACGUCACAUCUGACGGUGAUAUUUUACAAACUAUACCACACAACAAGAGUCUAUGCCAAGCGUUAUUGGACGGCUACCGGGAAGGCUUCUACUUAUAUCCGGACGGUCGAAAUAUAAAUCCAGACUUGACAUGGGCGGUGCAACCAACACCAGAGGAGCAUAUCAAAGUGACGGCGGAACAAUAUGAAUUAUAUUGCGAAAUGGGUAGCACAUUUCAGUUGUGUAAGAUCUGCGCCGAGCAUGACAAGGAUGUAAGGAUAGAACCUUGCGGUCAUCUUCUCUGUACUCCAUGCCUUACAGCUUGGCAGGUAGAUUCCGAGGGACAAGGUUGUCCGUUUUGUCGAGCUGAGAUUAAAGGCACCGAGCAGAUCGUCGUAGAUCCGUUCGACCCGCGAAGAACUCACAGACCCGGGGCGCAUUCGGCGUCUGCUAGUAAUGCAUCGACUCCCACGCGGGAUCUCGACCCCGACACCGAGUCGUACAAUAGUCGCGCGCAGUCACAGGACAUAAUGGAGCUAUGCAAUGGCAAUUGCGGUCUCAUAUGUGACGACUCAGACGAGGAAGAUGAUUCUAGUCCCACCAAUUCGCCGGUGCCGCCGCGGAGAAUCGUUCCAAGUCCGCCUUUACCACCUAGGAGACCCUCGCCAUCACCCACACCGAACAAUCACCUCAGAAACGGACGUCAUCUAACAGUGCCGAAGGAAAAUGCUCCGCCGCCACCGUCAGCGGUCACAGUAAUAUUAAAUUAUACGGACAACACUCAGCAAAAUAAUAAAGUUAACACAGAGGCAAGAUACGACAUGCUGCACCGCGCAUCUUCGCCGUCGUCGGUGCCGCCGAUACCGCCUGUGCCACCAACGACAGCGGUGAAGGUUCAUCCACGACGUUCCCACGCGGCAGGCACCCCGCAACGACAAUCGCAGCCACCGCCGACAUUGCCAGAAAAGGCGUGUCGCGUCACUGCAACCAGCUCAACAACGAGUCAAACUGGAGGUCCAAGUAACAACGUGCCUCCCGUACCGCCGCCCUUGUCGGCACCACGGCCACCGAAGACUAGUAAGGAGGGUGGCAUCCGUCAAGACCAUCAUUAUGAGAACACAAUUGUGAUCUGUGGUACGAGUCAACAUGUUGUAAAGAACAUCAACCUGGAGGCGAACAGGGCACGCCUCACGGCACUGAUGAGAGCGAGGGAUGAGCCGGGUGGCGGUGGCGGUGGUAGUGGCGGUGGUGGACCAGUAACCAAGCCAGAGUCAGCGGCGUACGAGAAUGUCAAUGUCGAGCAUAUCACAAGGCUGACAGCGCUCGGUUUCGCGCAGGACGCCGUGAUCAGGGCACUCGGCAUCACCAGGAACGAUCUCGAGAUGGCAUGUGACAUAUUGCACGAGUUUGCCACGAAAUCCUCCUGACCAGGGCCGAACACUGAAGUCUCAUGACCGGCCUUACCUGCUAGACGGUACUUUUGACAGGGAACACGCGCGAACUUCUGCAAGUCCCACCUCUGAUGCGUUCGCAGAUACAGCGCGCGUUUUUACUGGGCGUCUCCUCACGUUAGUGCAGUAUCGACGGUGUUCCAUUUUACGUUUUAAACUGUGAGUGGGAGAAACACGCUUGCAAGUGGACAGUGAGCUUGCAAGUCGAACGAGUCACUGAUGGAGAAACGAUGGAGAGAAGCUUAGGAUGGGAGAGCUUUUGAAGCAUCUUCGAAAACAUCGGAGCACGUUUCACGGAUUUUUCUUCGUCACAUACUGACUUUCAGACAGGUCUUCAACCAGAAGUUCCAAACGUUUUCGUUUCCUGAUGCGUAGGAGACUGUUUGUAUCGCGUGAUUUCGCCGUACAUGGCGCACCAACGGCAAGAUAUAAAUAAAGGCGACGAUCGACCAAAGACAA